AUGACGACCGUGACUACAAGCAAGUUGAUUGCCGCGUCACCAGAGAUCGUUAGGAGUGUGAUGCUCGACUUUCCUCGGCUCCCGGAGUGGACUCAAGGUUUUAUUCGUUCCAUUAAACCCGCCAAGGAUGGCAGCGUCUCGAAAGGUGACAAGCUGAAUGUCACUCUGGAGGGAGCAUCUUUCUCCCCUACUAUCCUGGAAAACUCUGCUCAGCAAUUCAAGUGGCGUGGAAGUAUUCCCGGUCUGUUUUACGGUGACCAUGUUUUCCGUUUCGAACCCGGACCACGACCGGACACAACUCUUUUCACGCAGUCCGAGGAGUUCAGUGGAAUUCUGGCUUUUAUCAUAAAAUUCAUACCUCUCGGCUCAAAACAGCGUGAUGGAUUCGAGGAUUUCAACGAAGAUCUUAGAAGAAGAGUGGAAGGCGAGGCCUCGACUGCCGCCGCGAGGUGA